AUGCUUGGCUGGAAUGAGGACGCACUGGCGUGCGGGUCCACAGAGAACAUCUCUUUGGCGAACAGGCAACUCUGGUGCCCUGCCAAUCUGCCAUUGUCCUGGUACGACGCUGCGGUGCCUCUCUCCUCGUCCUUCCAUCCCCAUUCGCGCCGGCGCUGCCCCCACUUGGACGAGAAGAGAAGCGAGGCCAUGCCGAGGGCACCGGUGGCGGAGCGGCCGCGGCUGACGCUGGAGGACUACGUCCUCUUCUUCGCCACCCACAGCGGCAACGGCCUCACCAUCCACCUCCUCAACCAGAUCCUCUUCAUGCACGGCUUCAUCAAGUUCCACAACUCCAAAAAGCCGGUGAUCGUCGACGCGCUCAACUCGCUCGCCCUGCUGCGCCCGCGCCGCUCCACCGUCAGCAUCAACGCGGCCGGGCCCCCGCCGCGCGCCGCGGCCUCCUCCUCCGCCGCCGAGCUCUCCGCGGAGGACGUCAGGCGCGACAUCGAGGCCCUCGGCUGGCGCGCGUGCCCCGUCGGCUCCGUCCUCGCCGUCCGCGCCGGGGCCGCCCCCGCCCCCGUCCACGUGCCCCUCGCCACCAUGCCCCCGCCCGCCUUCCAGCGCGUCUCCCCCACCAGCGUGCUCGGCGCCUCCCCGCUCCUGUCCACUUCCCCUCCCGCGGCUCCCGCGGCGCCGGGGAAGAGGAAGCACUGGACCCCGCAGUGCAGGGGGAGGACGGCGGUCAGGCAGAGGGAGAAGCGCAUCGUGGAGCUGCUCACGCUCCCGUCCGUCGAGGAUUUGUCGUCCUCCGAGGAGGGCCAAGGGGGAGGCGCCGUCGCCUCCGCCAUUGCUUGAUCUGUACCAGUUUCGUAUUUAGACCAAGCAGCCAACAACUGCUAGUACAAGUUGAUUUGGCCGUCCUUUGUGCUUUGGUGGUGAUCGGAUAGUCUGUGUUAAUUAAUUAUGAAAACCAUGUCGUCUGGCUGUUUAGUUAAUUAAUGCUAAUUUAAGUCUGCAUUU